CAAACCCUCAGUUCGCCUCGUGUCUCUUGUGUGUCAACCUUUGCAGCACCCUCUCCGCGAGCCUUCGAUGGCACAAAAAGUGGUUGUCAAGCUCUUGACUAUGAACGAUGAGAAGAUGAAGCAGAAAGCCAUCGAAGCCGUUGCAGAUGUUUAUGGGGUUGAUUCCAUAGCAGCGGAUUUGAAGGAGCAAAAGCUGACUGUGGUAGGUGACAUGGACUCCAUGGCUGUAGCAAAGAAGCUAAAGAAAAUUGGAAAAGUGGACAUACUAUCUGUUGGCCCAGCUACAGAAGAAAAGAAGGAAGAUAAAAAGGAGAAGAAUAAAGAUGGCGACAAGAAAUAAAAUUAAAAACACAGCAUCCUCUUCAAUUCAUUUCAGUAUUUCCAAUUAUUUAGACAUAGAGAGCUACUGUGACAUGCAUUUGUCUGUUGUCUUAUGUUUACAAAAGAUAAAAGAAAAAUGUGCAAUUACUCGUGAAAAAGAAUUAUGCAGCAUUUUUAGCGGCUCCAUCUUUACUCAAGCGAAAAUUUCAAAUAAGGGUUUGAAG